GUGGCAUUCGUUACAAGUUAAACCCCUACUGGCACCACCACAUAUGUCCACAUAUACUUAAUUUGACUUGUCCAUUGUUUUAUAUAACGAAUAUUUUCAAACAGCCGAACUACAUUAUUACGCUUGGGUAAGGAAUUCAAAAUGGCGAACCUCUGUUCCACCUACGGAAUUGUGGUCCUACUUUGUGUCAGUUUUUGGAACUUAGAUAGUGUUUUGUCUGCCACAAGUACAAACUUCAAAGAAUUUCUGGACAAUGAACCGUUCAGGAGUUUCAGCGACAAAAUUUUCCCGAAGAUAUUCCAAAUAGAGCACUUAGAUGUUGACAUCGAGUUCACUUUGGUUGGAGUAACCGAUUUUGAUGAACUGAACGGAAACCUGGCGAUUGUCGGUCUUGCUGUGAUUCGAUGGAGAAACGAGCUUCUCACGUGGAACCUGGUAGACGAUAAUCCCAUAGAGAGCCUCCUCUUGCCACAGUCAUCCUUCUGGAGACCCCCGGUUACUCUCACAAAUUCUGUCGACUCUCUCGCCGAACUUGGGGACUCUACGUACAAAAUCCGGAUCGACUACGAGGGUAAUGCUCUCUGGAAUGUCGGCAUAGUCGCUAAAACGUCGUGUACCGUUGACGUCACGCUCUAUCCCUUCGACAGGCAAUCAUGCAACGUCACAUUUGCCCCGUUAGGCUACCUGAAAGACCAGAUUGUCGUGAAUUCCUCCAACCCGAUCGACCUGUCCCUCUACAUGGAGAAUGUUGAGUGGACCCUGGAGUCCACCUCGGUCAUGAGUACCAUUAUAGCAGACGUGUCAUAUGUCAUCUUCACCCUUGACCUCGCCCGGAAACCUGGAUAUUUUCUUGUCAACAUGAUCAUCCCUAUCCUCAUCAUUGGGCUUCUCAAUGGUCUGGUAUUUCUACUUCCGGCUGACUGUGGUGAACGCGUGGGUUACGCCAUCACGGCUUUCUUGACAUUCGCUGUGUUUUUGACGAUGGUGGCCGAAAACUUACCCAAAGCCUCUGAGCCAAUGUCACUGCUGUGUUACUUCUUGACUCUAAUGUUGAUGGUGAGUUCCCUCAUCACCAUAGUAACUAUUCUGAUAUUGAGAGUCUACCAUCAAGACGAGGAGACCACGCCCCCGGAAGCUGUACGCCACAUGGUUGCGUUCAUGACAUGCCGGAAAUGCAAAAAGUGGUGUAGCAAAAAGAAGACGAGCAGGAACGCAGUGGCAGAUAUCAUCGACAACGAUGAUGACGAUGACAACAGCGAUGCCGAAGUAGACAGUAUCCAGGCACCAGUUGAUGACAGGGACAUCAAAGGGAUCACGUGGAGGAUGGUGGGUGGAGCUUUGGACGGGUUCUGUUUUAUAUUCUUUUUCUUCUUCUCGUUGGGUAUCACCAUUUUCUUCAUGUAUCCACUUGUCAAUGCCGGGUUGGAGGGCUAACAGUCACGUGGUACAAAACACACAUGUCACGUUCGACACAACAACGUUGUCAGAUAAACGUUUGUAUGGAGAUAAACGUUUGUAUGGAGUGUUCGUUCGUAUAUCGAGAAUAUUUCAAUUUAAGACUUUACAAAAUAUUUCCUUGUCGAAAUGUGCUAAGGACAGACACACAAAGAUACAUGCAUCAGCUGUUCAAUGAACUGUUCUGUCCGAGCUGGCCAAAUGAGAUAUUAGAAGUUGAAAGUGGAAUUACUCUGCACGUGCUUUCGAGCUCUGAUAAUGGAAGUUACCAACUUAAAAUCAUAUCUGUACAUAUGUCAUAACGUUAUACAAAGGGGGGCUAACUCUGGUUAUUCAUUAAAUAAUUGCGUUGUUAAAGC